AUGGGUGAGCUGAUAGAGUUGCAGGUAGCAUUAGGGGAGUGCUCUUCCAGCUUCAACAUGGAGAAAGCAGUGUGCAAUCAUGGUUUGUUCAUGAUGUCUCCAAACGUUUGGAUCCCUUCCACCAAAUCCCUUCGUCGCCCUCUUCGACUCUCAGACUCUUCUGGUUCCGUUUAUGUCACAAUCUCACACCCAGCUCCCAACCACCCUUUCCUUGUUAUACAAGUCAAUGGCCUUCAGAACUCUAUCUCCUCUGCUGAUAAAGCUGUUAUAAUGGAACAAGUCGCAAGAAUGCUAAGGAUAUCAAGCAAGGAUGAGAGAGACGUUAGGGAGUUCCAAACAUUGCAUGGUUCAGCCAAGGACAGAGGCUUUGGUAGAAUUUUCCGCUCCCCUUCCUUCUUUGAAGACGCUGUCAAGUCAAUCCUUCUCUGCAACUGCGGGUGGAAGAGGACAUUGACCAUGGCUCGGGCUCUCUGCGCACUUCAGCUACAAUUGGCUAGUGCUCAUUUGCAACGCAAAAGGGUAGCAUCCAAUUCCAAUGUGAAAAUUUCGACCAAGAGAUUAAAGCAUAAGAAAUACACUAAAGCUAGCUCAACUUCAGAGUUGUCAAUGAGCGGAUUUGAUCAAUCCAUAGGGAAUUUUCCAACCUCAACAGAACUAGCUUGCCUUGAUGAGAAGUAUCUAAAUGAACGCUGCAAUCUUGGGUACAGAGCCCGGUGCAUUCUUCAACUUGCUAGAAAGGUUGAGAACGGGGAACUUGAGCUCAACAAACUUGAAGAAUCUUCUGACACAACAUCCUACGAAAGAUUUUAUCAAAAGCUGAUGAAGAUCAAAGGAUUUGGUCCCUUUGUCUGUUCCAAUAUAAUGAUGUGCAUUGGAUUUUAUGAGAGGAUUCCUUUCGAUAGUGAAACUAUCAGACACUUGAAGAUGGUGCAUGGCAAGGGAAAAUGCUCUAGAAAGACAAUUGAAAAAGAUAUUGAAGAGAUUUAUGGCAAGUAUGCUCCAUUUCAGUGUAUGGCAUACUGGCUGGAAUUGUUGGACGAAUAUGAAAACAAAUUUGGGAAACUGAGUGAGUUGGAAAGUUCCAGCUAUCAUCUUGCCACUGGCAGCCUGCACUUAACAGAGUAA